CAUAUACAAACUGCACAUGGUUUGUAUGUGGUGACCAACUUGAAGGUUUAAUGUCUCUUUCAUUACGUUCACCAUUCCUUACGGCGCGACUGAAUUCCAACGAUGCCACCAAGCGUACAUACAGACUACAACAAUAUUAUCUGCCAACCGCCCAUUGGCAGGACAUACGGGCUGUUCGCUCGCAUCCAUUGCCUACAUCAAACUAGUCCGCCGCUCCCUUUCGUGGUAUAGCCAUAUUUUACCAUCGCUGGUCGAUGUCGAACGAUACGGAGCUCUCCAAACCUAACUCCAACCUGGAGAACAGCCCACCGAUUCUGAAGCUACCUCUUGAAGUUCUUGACCAUUGCUGGGGUUAUCUGAGGCGACAGGACCUUUUUCAAGUGUCCGGCGUAUCUCGCAUAUUCUGGUACACCUCAAGAUCUAGGAUAUUCCAGUCACUCACUAUCACCCUGCCAUCCCCGGAAAUUCUUCCCUUGAACCAAAAUCUGGUCCGCCGUUCAACAAACAGGGCUCCUAAGAUGCUUGAGCAUGCUGCUACCCGACUCACAAGUUUCUAUUCAGAUCCAAGUGCUGGUGAACUCUGGGACAUGGUUCAAGACUGGACGGUUGCAACUGCACCAGGGAUCAGGAGCAACAUGUUCUGCUUUACUCGCUCGCAGGAGAAGGGCCUAGUGCUGAGAUCGAUCGAUACCGUCUUUCCGUUUCUGUCGUGCAGUCGUAAUAUUCGCUCUCUUGAACUUGUCCGCGUGAAUCUUGGGAGACAACAAUGGAUCAUCAUCGAAAGCUUACCUGCACUAGAGACUCUCAGGCUCAUCUCAUGCUUCUUCCCGCCUUCAUCUCAUUUGGAGCGCCCACUGAAGCUAAAGGAACUUGCGAUUGCUGGAGACAGCUUCGGUCCCCGUUCAAUCGAAGAACGCUUGGUUUCUGUGCUCUGUAACCCUGCCUAUCUCGAAAAACUCACCCUUAUCGACUUUCUUGUCACCCACACUGUACUAGCUGCCCUCUCGUCUAUGGCGCCCUUCCCUCACCUCACAUAUCUAAGCAUAUUUGUCACAUCCCCGAGUGCCGACCAUUUCUUCAGUUUUCUUGCAGCGAUACCCGCCCUGUCAACACUGAGGAUAUUCCCCUGGUCUGCAAACAUCACGCCGCCACACCCGUUGCCGGCCCUGUCUUCCCUUCGGUCCUACGACGGCUACCCUAACCUGCUUUCGCACAUCGUGCCUGGACGAUCAGUUGAUUGCAUUUGUCUUGUCCUUAUGAUGGUCACUACAGAUGACGAUCAGCCAGAUUAUGCUAUCCAUACCGAGCUGGUCUCGACCAUGCGGAACAUCUCACGUUCCACAGUUCCAGUCAGGAAGCUAGCAAUCGAAUAUUUUCUGCCUACUUUAGAUAACCUCGCCGUCAUCGCAAAAGAACUUCCAGAUCUCCAUCGCCUGGACUUGGGUCUUAUAUCAGGGCCCCCACCGCUAACACCUGAAGAAGUUAUCGCCCUUUCCGAGUCAAGUUCUGGCUUCGACUUCAACUAUGCUAGUGACCCGCUUGAUACUGUGGAUACCGUGGAGGGUCUUCUGAGUUGGCUGGCAGAGGGUCGUGCCCCACUUCCGCCCAAGCUGGAGACACUUCGGCUAUCGCAUAGUUCGACGGGAAACGAGGACAUGCAGUGUGUUGAAGAUACCAAACAACGGGAGCUCAUCUGUUGUUUGCAUAGGAGGUAUCCGAGUCUGCGGGAGGUCGAGGCGGGAGGAUGUCGUUGGUGGAGAGAAGGUGUGCAUUGGUCGAGAGAGAUUCUUGACUUUGAGGAAAUGUAGAUUCUCAUGGCGUGCGUAUAGUGCCACAUGUGCUUCAGGUUCACAUUAGUGGAACACACAUCAACUACUACUCGUGA